AUGAAGGAGGCUUACCGGACCCUCUUCUGCUUUGUCGUUACCCGUAGUCCCAACGUGUGUGCGGUGCAGAAGCUGAUCGGCACGAACAGGAAAUACUUCACCAACUGCAAGCAGUGGUACCAGAGGAAGAUCUGCGGGAAGUCAACAGUAAUCAGUUACGAGUGCUGUCCUGGAUAUGAAAAAGUUCCUGGAGAAAAAGGCUGCCCAGCUGCACUGCCGCUUUCAAACAUCUAUGAAACCCUGGGAGUUGUUGGGUCUGCCACCACGCAGCUCUACUCUGACCGGUCUAACCUAAGGCCAGAUAUCGAAGGACCUGGAAGUUUUACAAUUUUUGCCCCGAGUAAUGAGGCCUGGGCAUCCUUGCCUGCUGAAACUCUGGAUUCCUUAGUCAGUAAUGUUAACAUUGAGCUGCUCAACGCCCUCCGCUACCACAUGGUGAACAAACGGGUCCUCACGGACGAUCUGAAACAUGGGACAACACUUAACUCAAUGUACCAGGACCUGCCCAUCCAGAUUCACCACUAUCCCAACGGGAUCGUGACCGUGAACUGUGCCAGGCUGUUGAAAGCCGACCACCAUGCCACCAACGGAGUGGUUCAUGUCAUCGACAAAGUCAUCGCUACCACUACAAACAGCAUUCAGCACAUCAUCGAGACUGAGGAAAGCCUGGAAACUCUUCGGGCUGCUGUGGCUGCUUCUGACCUCAACAGCUUGCUGGAAAGCGAGGGCCAGUACACACUCUUGGCUCCAACCAACGAAGCCUUUGAGAAGAUCCCACGAGAAACACUGAACAGGAUCCUGGGGGACCCAGAAGCCCUGAGGGCUGCAGUAAACAGAUUUGACAGAGUCCAGCUUUUUCAACUGGACAGCCCAGACUUCUUUGGAUGUGGAUAUGGCAGACAUGUAGACAUGGCAGAGAGAGUGGCCAUCAUCGCUGGCCUGACGAUGGAGACCCUGGAAGGAACCACCUUGGAUGUGGGCUGCAGUGGGGAAGAGCUGACCCUCAAUGGGAAGCCCAUCAUUGCCAACAAGGAUGUCCUGGCAACCAACGGCGUCAUACAUUUUGUUAAUGAGCUGCUGAUCCCAGACUCAGCUAAGACUCUGUUUGAGUUGGCACAGGAAUCUGAAGUUUCCAAGUCUAUGGACUUUUUCAGACAAGCUGGUCUCAGUUCUCAUCUAACUGGCAGUGAGAGAGUGACCCUCCUUGCCCCAGUGAAUGAUGUGUUCAAAGAUGGACUCCCUGUUGUCGACAGCAACAUGAAAAAGUUGCUUCUGAACCACAUUGUUAGAGACCAGCUCUCCUCUAAAUAUCUUUACCAUGGACAGAAACUACAGACUCUGGGUGACAAGGAACUGCGAGUUUUUGUGUACCGCAAUAACCUUUGCAUUGAAAAUGCCUGCAUUGCUGCCCAUGACAAGAGAGGAAGGUUUGGGACGCUGUUUAGCAUGGACAAAAUGUUGACUCCACCGUCUGGCUCAGUGAUGGAUGUUCUCAAGGCAGACCAUCGCUUCAGUACGUUGGUGGCUGCAAUCCAGUCUGCAGGUCUAACGGAGAACUUGAACAGGCCAGGUACCUUCACGGUGUUUGCUCCAACAAAUGAAGCUUUCCGAGCCAUGCCCCAAGGGGAACUGAACAAACUAAUGGGUAAUGCCAAGGAGCUUGCCAACAUCCUCAAGUUCCAUGUGGCUGAUGAGAUCCUGGUGAGCGGCGCAGUCAAUGCCCUGGUGAGGCUGAAGUCCCUGCAGGGAGAUAAACUGGAAGUCAGCAUGAAAAACAAUGUAAUACAUAUCAACAAAGAGCCUGUUGCUGAAAGUGAUAUCAUGGCCACGAAUGGUGUGAUUUAUGCCGUGAACUCCGUCUUACAGCCGCAGGCUUCAAGGCCGCAAGAAAGAGGUGACGAGCCUGCAGAUCCCGCGUUAGAAAUCUUCAAACAGGCAUCUGCGUUAUCGAAGGUUUCUCAGAGGAAUCCUCGACUAGCACCUGUCUACUCCCGGUUACUAGCAAGGAUGAAGGAGAACUCGGGUGGAUUCUGA